AUGUACCCCGCAGAUGCCGUCAUCGUCAACUCCGAUACCUACGGCGCGAUCGGCCCGUACAAGAUGGAGCACGACUCACCGACAGCCAUCAUCCCCUUUGCGAAUUUCCAGUUGGGUUUUGGAGCUACCUACACUAAGCCCGCUGCCAUCAAGGGUGCUGCUACCACCAACACCACCAGCGCUGUCCCGUUGCCAGCGGCGUUGCCACGUACCUGGGUUCCGCAAGCUACUCACACCAAGCCCGCUGCCAUGAAGGGUGCUACCAUCAACACCACCACGUACCCUGGCGGCGCUACCACCAACACCACCAGCGCUGUCCCGUUCGCCAGCGGCGUUGCCACCUGGGUUCCGCAAGCUACUCACACCAAGCCCGCUGCCAUGAAGGGUGCUACCAUCAACACCACCACGUACCCUGGCGGCGCUACCACCAACACCACCAGCGCUGUCCCCUGGGUUCCGCAAGCUACUCACACCAAGCCCGCUGCCAUGAAGGGUGCUACCAUCAACACCACCACGUACCCUGGCGGCGCUACCACCAACACCACCAGCGCUGUCCCGUUCGCCAGCGGCAUUGCCACGUACGUACCGUCUAUAUGUCUGCACUUACCCUUUGCGAGUUUCCAGCUGGGUUCCGGAGCUACCUACACCAAGCCCGCUGCCAUGUACCACGGCGGCGGUGCCACAAACACCACCAGUGCUGUCACGGACCCUGGCGGCGGUGUCCCUUUCUCCCGCACGGUGGGCACGGGGGACAAGAUCAACUUUGUCAACGGACCCAUGAAGACCAUCUGGGCCUACUCCGACGGCCCUUCCGGUGACUUCAGUGCCGGCCAUGCCGCCCAACGCGGAGUCGUCACAAUCGACUACAAGUGUGACCCCAACGCUGUCCCCGCCCCCCCGCCCCCCGCCCCUUCCACUGCCAAACCCCCACCGCCUCCCCCCUCUUCCACCGCCAAGCCCCCGCCGCCUCCUCCUGCUUCCACCAAACCGUCCCCGCCUCCCCCGCCGUCCUCCACGCCCAAGCCCUCCCCGCCUCCGCCCGCGUCGUCGUCUCCCCCGGCUGCGGGCGCGGCGUGUGCGUCGUCGUCGCUUGCAGGGUACUCGUAUCAAGUUGAGCUGAACGGACCGCUGUAA